CGUGAAACUCACACAGGUACUCACGAACAUUCACACCUGGCGGCUCAUCUGAAGCUCAGCCUAUAGGGCGUGGAAAAGCUAGGAAUUGUUUUCGACGCUGGAUUCCCAACUCGACGUCCAUACUUGCAUAGAUCUUCGGAUUUACACAAACAAAUUGUAUUGCCUCCCCGGCUUUUGUAAAAGGAUUGUUUUCCCCACUAGCUUCAUUCGUCGUUUUGGGUGCCGAAUAAUGUAAAGGUUUCAUCGAGAUCGGUCUCGGCAGUUUGGUCUUGGCGAGUUCGUCCCCGAAAGUGUGUCUGCAGCGGUAUUCAAGAGGAUCAGAGGAAAAAGAAAAGGAGGAGGAGGGCAGAGGGGGAAAAGUGAAAAAAUGGAGUGGAGGGCCUUGGCAGGGUUGUCUCUGCUGCUGUGUUUUGGCUCUGCUUGCUGUGAUUAUACUUCGGAACAGUUCUCCUCUGUUACCAUCAUCAAUAAUGUCGUUCAGGACCCUCAAACGGGCCGGAUCUAUUUGGGCGCCGUCAAUACCAUCUAUCAACUGAACUCCAACCUGCGACUGGAGAGCAGCACAGCAACAGGCCCUAAAUCGGAUCACCCACACUGCACCCCCCCAAUCACUGCCCAUUGCUCUGACGCAAAGGAAACAGACAACAUUAACAAACUCCUGCUUGUCAACUCUGUCAACAGCACCUUGGUCAUAUGCGGAAGUGUUUUCAGGGGCAUCUGCUCCUUGGUGAACCUCAACAGCGUUGAAAAAUCUGUGUACUACAGUGACACCAAAGGUGAGAAGACAUACGUGGCAAGCACCGAGUCGUCUGUUGCUGUGGUUGGCGUGAUUUCGUAUUUCAUAGACACUAAUUCCAACACUAACCUCAGCGUGUUUCUAGUGGGGAAGGGCUACGGUAGCUCGGACAGUUCGAAACUUAUUAGCACUCGGUUGCUGCAGGAGCAUGGCGAAAUGGAUGUCUUCGAGAACAUUGUUGAAGCAUCCACCGUCCAGGCCAGCCCUUUUGUCCAGCGCUACCUCCAUGACUUUCGUUUCGCCUUCAAGGAUAAUGGCUUUAUCUACUUCCUGUUCUCACGCACUUCGGGCACCAGCGACAGUAGAAAUAUCACUUUCAUAUCACGUCUAUGUGAGAACGAUCAUCAUUACUAUUCCUACACAGAGCUUCAGCUCAACUGCACCACCAAAACUGAACUUCAAGAGAACAAGUAUAACAAGGUCAAGGCGGCGCAUCUGGCCACUCCUGGAGAAAUUUUGGGUCAAAAUAUUGCCCCUGCAAAUCCGAAUGAUAAAGUUCUGUUUGCAGUGUUCAGUGCGGAUGAGGACGGCAGCCGAUCAGCCUUGUGCAUGUACCCGCUCAGCAGCAUCAACGCAAGGUUUGAAGAGGUGAUUGAGUCCUGCUACACUGGAGAGUGUCUGGAGGACGGCAAGCCAAAGACUGUUUAUUCGCCAUACACCUCCAAGACCGAGGCCAUCUGUAAGACCAAAAGAGAGAAGGAUAUGGUGAAAGAUUAUAAAUGUGGAGCAGAAUUCCUGCCUACUCCACUUGCCAGUAAACCAGAAUAUGCUCUAGCCGUCAAACCCAUCGUCACCCGAAAAGACAUGCUGACAGCAGUAGCUGUGUCAGUGGAGAAUAAGCACACAGUGGCAUUCUUGGGAACCAGUGGGGGAGAAGUCUUAAAGGUGCAUCUUGAUCCCAGCCUUAGCAAACACCCUUCUGAGUUUUAUCAGAGGAUUCCAGGGGAACGCACAGAUGCUGGGGUGAACAAAAACCUAUUUUUUGAUUCCAGUUCGGAUCACCUGUAUAUCACCAAUGGCAAAAAGAUCACCAAAGUGCCAGUGCAGGCCUGUGAAGAGAAGAAAGACUGUCUAUCAUGUAUGUCCCAGAAGGAUCCAUAUUGUGGCUGGUGUGUUUUGAAGGGCCGCUGUACCAGAAAGAAGGACUGUAGCAGUGGAGAAGUAGAGAAUGCCUGGCUGUGGAGUCCAAACCAAAUGUGUGUCACUAUUCAGUCUAUUGAGCCCCCAAACAUCAGCUGCAAGACGACAGAUAGUACACUGGUGAAGAUUGACGUCCCCUUGAUCCCAAGUAUUUUCAGUCCUGAUAUGCUCACGUGUGUGUUUGGUGAAUACAAUAGCUCCGCUAAAAUGGAAAAUACACAUGUCACCUGUGCUCUCCCGACCUCUCAGAACAUACCGGCCACACCUGAAAAAGAUUUUGUGGCUGUACAAGUGAGGAUCAUGGUGAAUGAUAAUAUUGAAGUUGCUUCCGGUGAAUAUGAUUUCUACAACUGUGCUGCGGUGGUGAAAAGGGCCCACAAUACACCAUGCAUUGUGUGUGUAACCAGUAAGUGGGGCUGCCAGUGGAACAUUCGGGAGCAUACAUGCAGUGAUAGAGAUGACACUGUAGAGGGCAGUCAUAUCAUCAAACAUCUGGAGGGUGGAAAGUGUCCACAAUUUGAGAUCCCAGAGCCUCUGCUCAUUCCUGUUGGCAUCAAAACACUCAUCAACUUUCAUGGCAAAAACCUGGAGGAAUAUUCGGGCAAAACCUUUCAGAUUGGCACUGAGCUCAUGAAACAGGUGGGCGAGGUGAUUGUGGAGGCUGAUGGGUUACAGUACAGUUUUGAAGGAUAUGAGUUCGCUUAUGACAAAGAGCCAGAAGUGAAUGUGACUUUCUACAUAAUGGAUCAAGACACAGAAAGGAAGAUUGACAGCACCCUUAGAGUGGUGCUCUACAACUGUUCUGUAAGGCGUGAGGACUGCAGUCUGUGUAAGAACGCUGAGCAAAAGUAUGACUGUGUGUGGUGCGAUACCACAAAAUCCUGCAUCUACAGAAAGCUGUGUAGCCAGGAGCUUGAGCAGUGCCCUCCACCCAAGAUCACUGAUAUUGUUCCACGGUAUGGGCCAAUGAAUGGGCAAAUCUCUGUCACCAUUAAGGGCUCCAACUUGGGCAUAAAACAUGAGGACAUUAAGAGGAUCACUGUGGCGGGAGUGCAAUGUGUUCAUCAGCCAGAAAGAUACUCCGUCUCUACCAGUGUUGUGUGUGUGAUCGGGCCCUACCCUUCACUCCCAGAGGACCUGCCCAAUGAGUCAUCCCUAGAUGGUCCAGUGGAAGUGGAGGUGGAAGGAGGGAAAAGUGAACCAUCGGAUGUGAAGUUCACAUACAGGGACCCUAUUCCCGAGGCUGUGUCCCCCUCUAAAGGUCCUGAAGCUGGGGGAACCCUCAUCACUAUCACAGGGCGGAAUCUCGACACUGCUAGUAAAGAUGACAUCAGCGUUAUAGUAGGAGGAGAGAUUUGUGAAGUGUUGAAAUUUGGGCAAAAUAUUACCUGUAAGACUGGCCCUUAUAAAGGACAAAAGAUUCCCUCUGACAAGUUGACUGUUAUUGUGAAAUACGGCAAGGACACCUCCAAAGAAGUUAGCGGAUUCGAAUACUCGGCCAAUCCCAAAGUUUCAGAUUAUGUUCCACAAGCAAGCUUCAUUUGUGGAGGUCGUACGAUCUUAGUGAUGGGAUCAGGGUUUGAUCAAGUGCAGAGAGCAACCAUGCGAGUGCUGCCCUCUUCUGAUGAGCUCAAUCAAAAGUCCAGCAAUGUGGAGUUCGUACAGGAGGUUAAACACAAGAACGAGACUGUACUGGAGUUCCUCUCUCCAAUUGUGAACAAAUCUUAUGAGAGCCAUUCCUUAAGAACCAUCAUCCAGCUUGACAACUUGGUGGAGAACCUGACAGACUUCGUUUACCAUCCAGACCCCACUUUCGUCCGUUUAACUGAUAAAGCCAUCACAGAAGGCAGCAUCAUUAAUGUUAAUGGUCAAGGUUUUUCUAAAGCCAUGACUGCCAAAGAGGCCCAGGCAUUUGUGGGCAAUGCACCUUGUUCAGUGACAAUACUGGAGGAUGAUAAGCUUUUCCUCGUGGCCCCCUCGAGCCCUCCAACAUCCACCUCCAGACGCCAUCGCAGAGACACAAGUUCAGAGGCUAUGGAACUGCUGAUAAAGUUUGGAAAUGGAGAGUGGGAUGUCGGCUCUGUGCACUUUGAGAGGAAAUAUGAGGUUCCACUUUACAUCAUCAUUCCUGCUGUCAUUAUUCCAAUGGUGCUCUUCAUUGCAGUGUCAAUCUAUUGCUACAGGAGAAAAAGUCAGCAAGCAGAAAGGGAGUAUGACAAGGUAAAAAAUCAGCUGGCCAAUCUUGAGGAGAGUGUACGUGAACGCUGUAAAAAGGAGUUUACAGAUCUAAUGAUUGAGAUGGAAGAUCACACUAGUGAUCUAAGCGAAGCUCGUAUCCCAUUCUUGGACUACAAAAACUACACGGAUCGCGUUUUCUUCCUGCCCUCCCAAGAUGGGGCCAAUGAUGUCAUGAUAACCGGCAAGCUGAAUAUCCCAGAAUCACGCAAAGCCAUCGUAGGCCAGGCACUCAACCAGUUCUCCAACCUCCUUAACAGCAAAACUUUCCUUAUCAAUUUCAUUCGUACCCUUGAGGGCAAGCCGGAGUUUAAUGCCAGGAAUAAGGUGUACUUUGCAUCUCUUUUGACUGUGGCUCUGCAUGGCAAGUUGGAGUAUUACACAGACAUCAUGAGAACGCUCCUGCUUGAGCUAAUGGAUGAGUACGUUUGCAGCAAGUACCCCAAACUCAUGCUCCGCAGGUCCGACACCGUUGUGGAGAGAAUGUUGUGUAACUGGAUGUCCAUAUGUCUCUACCAGUUCUUAAGGGACUCAGCAGGUGAGCCUCUGUACAAGCUCUUUAAGGCCAUUAAACACCAGGUGGAAAAAGGACCAGUUGAUGCCAAGAUGAAGAGGGCUAAAUACACGCUGAACGAUACAGGACUUUUGGGAGAUGAUGUUGAGUACAUAGUUUUGACCCUUCAGGUGCUGGUUCACGGUGAGGGUCCUGACGUGACCCCUGUCAAAGUGCUGAACUGUGACUCCAUCUCCCAGGUGAAGGAGAAGAUCAUCGAGCAGGUUUACAGGAAUCUGCCUUACUCACAGAGACCAACGGUGGACAGCGUCGCUCUGGAGUGGCGUCCCGGAUCUACAGGGCAGAUCCUGUCUGAUUUGGACUUGACAUCACAAAAUGAGGGGAGGUGGAAACGGCUUAACACACUGGCACAUUACAAUGUGAGAGAUGGUGCCACACUGGUAUUGUCCAGAGUUCUGCACACUCAGCAGUCUUUUUACCAGCACCAAGACAACCACGAAGAGAAAAAUGCUUUGCUGGAGGAUGAAAAAGUAUUUCAUCUGGUCAGACCUGCAGAUGAACUUGAUGAGGAUAAAUCAAAGAGAGGUAGCAUGAAAGACAAGGCCACCACAAAAGCCAUCACUGAGAUCUACCUGACCAGACUGCUCUCUAUGAAGGGCACGCUGCAGCAGUUUGUGGAUGAUUUCUUCAGCAGUGUGUUGUGUUCUGGUACUGUGGUUCCUCCUGCAGUCAAAUAUUUCUUUGACUUUUUAGACGAACAAGCGCUAAAACAUGACAACGUUGAUGAUGAGACCAUUCACAUAUGGAAAACCAACAGUCUGCCUCUGCGGUUCUGGGUAAACAUUCUGAAAAACCCUCACUUCAUCUUUGACGUCCAUGUGACGGAGGUGGUGGAUGCCUCUUUAUCUGUCAUCGCCCAGACCUUCAUGGAUGCCUGCACCAAGUCUGAGCACAAACUGACCCGGGAAUCCCCAAGCAACAAGCUGCUUUAUGCAAAGGAAAUAUCCACUUACAAGAAGAUGGUUGAUGAUUAUUACAAAGGCAUCCGUCAGAUGGUUCCAGUCAGUGACCAGGACAUGAACACACACCUUGCGGAGGUUUCACGUUCUCACACAGACAAGUUGAACACUGAAGUUGCAUUGCACCAGCUUUACCAGUAUGCCAGCAAGUACUUUGAUGGGAUUAUCUUGUCUUUGGAAGAGGACCCUGCUGCCCAGAGCAAACAGCUGACCCUCAGACUGCAGCAGAUCGCUGCUGCGUUGGAGAAUAAAGUGACUGAUCUUUAAUGUCAAGAAGCCGAGAAAGUAGGCGGAGGUGCCACCUAAUCCAAAAGACAGCUCACUUCGUUAGGCUACAAAACUUCUGGAUGACUGACGUUAUGGAGCCUUCAUUGUGUGAACAAGAAGCACAGACUUAUCCAUGACCUUUCCUCUCUCCACGUGGCAUUUAAUUUUACUCUUGAUUCAAAGGGACCAAUAUGAACUUUGACCUGAGAGGUACUUGAGAAACUUUCAGAGAAGAAUGAAACCUUGCUAUGGUACAUCUCAGAUCAGCACUGCACAAUGAAAAACACCCAGCAUUUAUUUUUUCUCCUGUGCCAAUAAUCAGAUGUUCAGUAUAUUCUUCCUCGUAGAUGAAAUUAAAUGAUAGUAUUAUAUGUACAUCUAUUUUCACACCAAAGGCUGCAAGAGGCUUUAAAAAAAAAAAAAAGAUUAAUUAUUGUUUCUGUGGACGCCUACUCUUGUUUUCCUGUGUAUUUUUUAGUGGCACUCUCAUUAUUGUGCAGUGAUGUCACUUCCUGUGGGUUCUAUGGUACCACUAUAAUUUUGUGUAGGUAUUCGUGAUGCUGACGUCAAAGCCAGGGUUCUUUUGUCCCUCCCAAGUUUUGUAUUUUUACUGGUGAUUGUGUACAAUAAUGUUAUACAGACAGUAUCUAAUUUAGCCACUAUAAAUAUCAGCACGAAAGAACAGAUGUUAUGAUCGCUGUGUGAAUGUCAACGUUCAAAACACAGCGUCAAAGAACAUUUGAUCCACGACACAGACAUUUAUAACAAAGACCAUGGAAGCUUUUAUGUCCCUUUGCUUAACUGUCUCAAGUUCUGAUAUGGCAAUUGCAAUUUUAUAUAUUUUGUACCAUCUUUGCUUUUACAGUAUAUGUGCACUGCAUCUCAUGGCUUAUCAUUUUAUGGCACAAUUAUGAUUUUGUAUUUUAAAUCAACAAUACAAGACUGAUUAUUUUAAGGUUUGUAAUGCUAACUGCUUUUCUUAAAAGGGUAGUUCACUAAAAUAUUUCACUCUUGUCACACUCACCCUUAUGCUGUGCCAAUGGGGAAAAAGAGCAGCAUCAGCAUCUUAUGUUCCACAGAAGAAAGCCACACAGGUUUUGGAACAACUUAAGGUUGAAAAAAUAAUGACAGACAUUUUUACAGAUAUUCUUAACAGACAAAUGUCAUCAAUAUCAGUUUAGUCUCUAGGUACUAUUUUAUCUUUUAAAACCUGAAAAAGUAUCAUGGAUACAGGUCUUUUGGUUUAGAGUUUACCAAAGUUUAAAAUCUUUGUUUUAUUUUUACUUCACGUAUUCACAAUCACCUAUAGCAGUGAUUCCCAACCCUGUACCUGGAGGCAUCCUAACACUGCACAUUUUGUAUAUCUCCCUUUUCUGACACUGCCAAUUCAGGUCUGGAGUCUCCACUAAUGAGCUGAUGAGUUGAAUCAGGUGUGUUUGAUUAGGGAGAUAUCCAAAAUGUGUAGUGUUGGGAGGACCUUGAGGAACAGGAUUGGGAACCAUUGAUUAUAGCUUCUGUUGUUUUUAUUGUUUUAUAAGUUGUUUAAAUCAGCUUCAUAUCAAAUUAUCUUGCUUAAAGUGUAAUAACAAAAAAUAUGGGAAACGCAGCUGGUGGGAAGUCUGUCAUCUAACUUAAUCUUUGAAUGGUACUUUUUUCCUACCUGUACAUUCUGACUUAAAUGUGCAAAACACUACACAAUCUAAUGACUGCAAAUGAGGACUGUAUUCUUUGUUCACAAACUUUAUAGUGUGAGUAACUUGUGUUGCAUUUGGUUCUGGAUAUAAAGCAUGUGAUAAAAUCGCAUCGCUGCCAAUCUGUGGCUGGCACUGCCCAUUUUGAGCAUGAUGGACACAGCAGGAAAUGCCUUUGAACUGUAAAUAUAUCCGUACUGCCAAGUUCAAAUUGUCAAAUUGCUCCUCUCUGUCUCUCCUAGUUUUGCUCUAAUCAUUUCUCUCUACCGACUUGUGAUCCAUUUUCUAGCUACUACUGUGUCAGUGGCUUAUUGUAAAGCUUCUCGUUUGCCUUUCUUUUCCAAGUAGUGCCUUAAAGAAUACGAGUAAUAAUUAUGAAUUGUGUGGUGAUUGCAUUAAAAAUUGCAAUAGGAAUAUUAGAUGUUUCUAUGUCUUUGUGUAAUAACACAUCAGUAACACACAUAACUGAUUCAAUUGAUGCGUUCUUGAGCUUUUUAUUUUUAAUUAAGAGUUUAGGUUAAAAUGUAUAUGAAUGUAUUAGUGUAUUUUAUAGGUGCUGCAUACUAAUCAUUCUUUCAAGUUUCUCGACAUUUGUAUCCCCUUUUUGCCUUGAGUUUAUUUCAGUCCUGCAGUGACACAUUCAUUUUCUUAAGUUUCUUAAUUAAUAUAAGGUAAAAAAAUAAAUAAAAAUCUGCAUGCAUAAUAAUAAAAAUUAUUAGAAAAAUAUAUUUUAAAUAGUUUUAGUUUCACACAAUCCCAAAUGUUUUUGAUAUGAACUACCCUUCACAUAAGUAUCUGUUCGUGACUUUAGAGGGAUCAGUUUUGUGUUUCUUUGAGCUGCUGGUCUGUUGAAUGUGGAUAUAUAGAACAUUAAUACUCUAAAUCCCUGUUCUGAAGUCUGCUAUCCCUCUAGUGUUAUCAAAUUGAGAGAUGCCUGCCAGCAUCCCAGUUUGAUCCUGCUACUCCAGAUUGCUUUGUUGAUGCAGUAUAGGGCUUUAAAGACUAAUAUCACCAGGAAAAAUUUAAAAUACACAUUCCUCUGUUAAGUUAUUUUCCAUGUUGUAAAGAUUUUUCUUCUUGUAAUUGCUAAACUUUUAAACUGAAAUAAAUGGUAGAAUAGUAUUUUUGGAAGAAAAAAAAAGAUUAUUUGGUAUGCUGAAACCAAACAUGUUCGGAUUUUGCUAAAUUAAGGAAAAAUUAAGAGGAAAAUGACACAUUUUUGAUUGCUGCAAAUCUUAUUACUAUUUAAAAAAUAUAUAUAUAUAUAUAUAUUAUUAUUUUGCCACAUUCACAGUUAGGGUACAAAUAAUCCAGAUUCAAUUCAAGUUAAAGUCAAUCCCUAGUUUUUGUGGUAUGUAGAUUACCACAAAAAUGUAUUUGGACUGUAAAGCUAAAUUCUGGGUUACAGUGAGGCAAACAAUAUAAGUCAGUGGAGCCAAACCGUAAACAUGAAAGUACUCAUUGUUUCGAAAUAUAGAGUAGAUACAGAGUAAAUAAUAUGUGUGUUAUGGUGAUUUUAUUGUAAGUAAAUCACUUGCUAACCUUUUAUGUGUAAAGUUAAAUCCAAUUUUACAAAUGACGAUGUAACGCUGUAAACCCUAAAACGUGCAAACAAAAGUUUAAAAGGAAGAAUUAAUGCAAGUGUUUUUAUAAAAUUAUAAGCUUCAUAUUUCUGCUUUUAAACACCAAAACUUCACUUCCAUUGUAAGUGCCACACUGUAACACAGAUUUCGGCUUUCUUUUAAAGAAAAGGGAGGACAAAAGUCAAAAUAAUUUUUUGUGGAAUCAACGUUAUGCCUCAAAUGCUGUCGAUUGAGCAUAACUUUUAUUGAACCCAGAAUAUUUUUUAUUUGUGCGUUAAACACAAAAGUGGUGUUCUACAAUAUUUUUGAAGAGUGCGCAUAUGGGUGAACUGAUCGGAUAACAAACGUCAUAGGAUGAAGCUCUACAAUAAGUCAAUAAAGCGGAAAGAAAUCAGUAUUUCUGGGAGUACAGUGGGGAAAGCACAUGCACAUUAAACUAUACCCAUUUAUAGACCCCAAUGUGAAAUGUAGAUGGCCCCUCCUGUUCACAUAUAUGCAAUGAAGUACACAGGGGGAAUCCCAGAAUUUUAUGUAAGAGGGAAUCCCCAUUAGUGCAACAAAGAAUAAAAUAGGGAAGUCUACCUUGGAUGCCAUUGUUUGCUAUUUACACAAGCAUUGUGGAGAAAUUACAUUGCUGUGGAGAAAGCUGCUUUCUGACAGACGCAUGCAUAUGGGAGUAAACUGUACACUGCUUAUAAAGUGCAUGUAAACUGUAAGGCUCAAAUCCCAUGUUGUUUGGAAUGAGAUCUUUAGUGUAUGUAAUAAACUAUUAUGUAACAAAAUUAACCUG